AUGGCGUCUCAACAAGCCGGUAACCCCUUGGAAGACUCCUGGGUGGUAUCUGAACUCGAAGCAUCAAGCUACAGUCAACCAGUUAUUGUCGAAGGCACGGAGUCGGCACCUGCAUCUUUUCCAACCGAGGACCUGUCACCAGUAUCCUCGUUCUCGGAAAGUGACCUUAUUAAGGACUAUGAGGAAGAGGAUCCUCCCAUCUCCAUCUCUACUGCAGAUUUACCAAAUCCUACAGAGUCUACCGCCACGUUAGCAUCAUCAGUUUCAUCAGGUCCAGAACUGAUUAUGCCAUCCAUAAUGUUUGAAACACGCCACUCAGAGCAUGGCUCUUGGGUUAUUCCACGCAAACGAAGCAGGCAGUCUCUAUAUGAGAGCCGUAAAGCACCAAGAAUUCCUAAACCGCGCAGUCAAACUACAAGCCGAGAACGGCAAGUGUAUCGUGCGCAGAAACAAGAUGAUCCCCCCGCUGCCCCAACCACUGACACUAGUAUGCGCCAUCACUUUGCGCAAGUCAAAGACUACUUCUCUGAAGACAUCAACCGAUAUCACUUCUUCAGACUGAUUCUCAACUCUCUUUUGGUGCUCAUGACCAUGCACCUACUCAUAUUUCCAGAACUGGUCCAUCAAGUCCCAAUCUUUUGCAAAAUCCCAGGUAUUUCCAAGGUUUACAGUCAAACAUGUACAAAGUCCAACAGCACUAUGUCUGGGAUAUCAAGUCUUUCUACCAGCUAUCAGUCAGCCAUCCGAACACAGAAUCAACUGCAGAAUUACCUCAAUCAAACGAUUCAAGACAUGGCUCCACUCGAUGCUUCAUUGAAGGACACUGAUACAAGCCUCCGCGCGGUGUACACCAACAUUCGCAGAGAGUACGGCAGUGCCCGUCACGAGAUUGAACUUGAGUUUGAAGGCGCCUGGGCUGCCUCACGUUCCAUCAGUCGUACCCUGAUGAAUCUUAAAGUGGAUAUGAGGUCCACUGUCGACGGGUUUCAGGCGCCAGCACGUCGACUAGAAUACCUCAAAGGAGCAGCAAGAACUAGUCGCAAAAAUGCAGACAGUAUUUUUGGUCGACUCACUGGUCGUAAAAGAAUGAAAAGCGAUAGCGAAGAGGACUCCGGCAUACUUGCCAUGAAUCAAUUCGAUCGUCUCAGCCAGGAGCUAGAUUUAGCUAUUGCCCGUCUCGCUCAUAAGACAGACACACUUUUGGUACAGCUGGCUAGAUUAGACGAUCAUCUUCAAUCAAUUGAGCAACUGACUGUUCGCGAAGAAGAUCGUCUCAAUUCAAGACCAACUAAAGAUCAGAAACAAAACAUAUGGAGUGCCUUAAACGAAUUCAUUCAAGGGGCGAAGAUACCUGAAUCGACAAACAAUGGCGAGCAAGCGAGGACUAUGCUUGAGCAGUUACAGCAAGUCGCUUCUUAUCACAGUCUUAUGGCGGAUGUUGUCGGGAAGCUGGAUAGAGAGCUGAAGGCUUUGCAAAAGAUUCGCUCUAUCCGUACAUGA